AUGAUACCGCCAGCCACCCAGUCCCUCCUCUCUGCCAAUCCGCAGUUCGCCAACUUGCACAAAACGCUCACGACCAAGGUCCUUGACUUGGACGCCUCGACCCGCACCACAAACAGCACACACGCACCCGUCGCCGCGCAGCUGAAUCAGCACCGCGUCCGAGUCGCGCGCGACCGCAUCUUGCUUGGCACGCUGGCAUGCCUCGCCGCCGACGAGACAGAUAUCGACGAUGUUCACAAUGAUUACGAUAGCGACGAUGAUACGCUACCGCAGCCGCUGCGCGACCUCCUCGCCUUGAUGGUCGAGUACAUCCCUCUCAGCCAAAGCCGCAGCGGUGGCGGUGGCGGUGACGGUCCCGAAGACGACCUUUUGGCGCCCGACCUGCACGCCUUCCGACGGGACCUGCCGCGCAUCGCGCGCGCGACCGCGGCGGUCCUGGCGCGGCAGCAUCGGCGCCUCGUCGCUGCGGCGGCUGCGGUUGCGGCUGGCUCGGGUGGACGGGCCGGUGGCGGUCAAGGAGAGGAACGCGAUCUAGCGACACUGCUGGCGGCGCAGACGGCACGAUUGCAAACGCUGCGCCAGAGGGAGGUGCCUGCGGCGCUGCGGGCGGCGACGGACGCGCUGUUAGUGCUACUGCGGGCGCAGAGCGAGGAGGUGCAGCGAGCGGUCCGGGACCUGGAGCAGAGGAAGCAUGGGGCCGAAAGCCGGCAUGUGCAAGCGAGGGCGGCGUUUUUGGCAGGCGUGGCGGUGGGGUUGGAGAGGAAGUGUCGGGUGGAGGAGCUGGAGUGGCGGCGGGAUGGGUUGGGUGGGAAGGCGGUGCAGGAGAGGUUGUUGGGGAGGGUGGGGGAGUUGGAAAGGGAGGGGAGGGAGUUGGAGGGGAGGUGGCGGGAGGUGGACGGGGCGUUGAAGGAGUAUGAAGUGGUUGGGGGCGAGGUGAUGUUGAGGUUGGGGAGGAGAUAUGCGGCCGUGGAGGCGGAAUUGGAGGGGGUCAAGGCCGAUGUGGAGAGGUUGCUGGCUCAGGAAAGGGGUGGGGAGAGCAGUGAGGGCAGUUCAUGGAUACACUGA